AUGUCCACUUUUCCAUUAGAAGUAGAUCCUCCAAGUAUACUUGUUUUUGAUAUUUCUUCAAAUUUAAAAAGUACUUCAUAUAUUAAAUUAAAGAAUGCCAAUAAAAGUAAAUAUGUAUUAAAAUUUAAGAGCCAUAAAAAUUCAGCAUAUAAAUUUACACCAGUUGUUACAGCUAUAGAACCUGAAAGUGAAAUAACAGUAGAAGUUAUAUUUAGAGGCGAUGAAAAAGAUAUCUAUAAUAAAUGUAGCGAUAAUCUUGCCAUUUUUGCCCUAGAAACAGCUGAAGAUUUACCACCGAGAGAAAUAUUCAAAGAUGCAGAUGAGAAUAAUAUAAAAUACAUAUUUUUAACUUCCAAAUUUAUAAAAGCAAAAAAAGAUGUUGAUGAGGUUAAAAUUAUAGAUAAAAAAAAAUUAAGAAAAUCAAAUGGUAAUAAUGAAAAAAAUAGUAAGUUAAAAAAAAAAAAGAAAAAAAAUAAUAAAAAUGAAAAAGAAAAGAAGAAAGUUAAAGACAUUGAAACCGAAGAUGAAGAAAACCAGGAUAAUAAAUUUAAUAAAGACAAAAACAAACUUCAAAACGAUGAGACCGAAGAUGUAGAUAACCAAACAAAUAAUGUCAAAAAAAGGAAAAAUAAAAUUAAAAAUGUUGAUGAAGAAGAUAAUUAA